GGCUUGCAUAAAUCUAAAAGGAAACAAGGGGAGAAGUAAAAGAAUGGAGGAAAGAAAAUUGAGCUUGGUUUUGGUUUUCUGCUUGGUUCUGGGGCUUUUGUUGGGGCAAUCAUCAGCCAAUUUCAAGGACUGUUAUGAAAGUUGCUUCAUUUUGUGUAUAAUUAUGCUGGGGAAAUCAGCUCUCAAAUGCUCCGUCAAGUGCCUGAAGGACUGCAUCAAAUUCAAACCGCCGCCGACUGCAUUGGACGGUCAGAAUCAGACACCGAGUGAGGAAACAGAGUACUUCUGCAAGCUUAGCUGUGCUUCUUCCUUGUGCACUGGGUUCAGCUCCAGACAAGACCCCGGUGAUGUGAGGAGAAAGUGGAAAGCUGUGUGGAUUCUUGCUCAGAGACUUGCAUCAGGAAGAAUUGAUUGCUAAAUAAGACUCUGGCUUUGGUUUGUGACAAUGUGAACCAAAAUGAAAUAAACUAAGAUUUGUCCA